AUGUCUUAUCUGAGGUCCGAUAAGAGAAAGGUGGAACCCACGGAGCAAACGGUACCCGAAUCUCCGACCUUCCGACCAACAUUUGACUUCACAACAAAGCAACAAUUCUACAAAAUACGACAACAACUUGAUGACGAAAGAUCCUGCGGUUUCUCUACGUAUACGACAUCUACCGGUACCUUGGCUUCUCAACCUGUCCUCUCAGCCACCGGUCUACAAGUCAAUCAUCCAUCUGUCUGUCUCCUUUCCUUCCAUAGGUAA